AUGUCUGCGCCAUCGCCGCCAAAGCCGUGGGAGACGAGCAACGGCGCGACAAGUGCCUCGGUCGGCCUCACUGGAUCGAAUAGCACCACAACACCCACUUCGACGACGACAUCCUCAAGUGCGCCUCCAUUGCCGUCAGUGCCGGAUUCCCUCAGCACCGUCGCGAACCGCAACGCGUCCAACUACUCCGGCAUGAACAAUCGCUAUGGCUCCCCCUACAGCAGCGGAUAUGGAGGAAUGAGCAGCUACAGCUCACCCUACUCCUCUAUGGGCGGCGGCUACGGCUCCAUGUACGGUGGCAUGGGCGGUAUGGGUGGCAUGUACGGCGGCAUGGGUGGCAUGGGCAUGGGAAUGGGCGGAAUGUAUGGUGGUAUGGGAGGCAUGCCAGGCGACCCAAACAGCAGCCUCACACAAUCAUUCAGCCAAAGUACAGCGGCGACGUUCCAGUUGAUUGAGAACAUUGUCGGUGCAUUCGGCGGGUUUGCACAGAUGCUGCAAAGCACAUACAUGGCGACGCAUUCGUCCUUCUUCGCCAUGGUAUCUGUGGCAGAACAGUUCGGAAACCUACGACAAACGCUUGGCUCGGUUUUGGGCAUUUACACCAUAAUGCGAUGGAUAAGAACGGCGAUUGCAAAGCUCACCGGACGACCCCUACCAGCCGAUGCCACGGCCCUCACCCCCGCCAGCUUCGCAGCCUUCAACGGACGCAUGCCCGACGGCUCACCCGCACCCGCGAAGCCCUCCAAGAAACCCUUCUUUGUAUUCAUGCUCGCUGUAUUCGGUCUACCCUACCUCAUGGGCAAAGUCAUCAAGGCACUCGCGCGAUCACAAGAAGCCGAGGAGCAACGGAAGAUGCUCGAGAACCCGCAAGCCGGCCAACCGCUCGAUCCCAACAAGCUCGAGUUCUGCCGCGCCCUCUACGACUUCACGCCCAACGCCAACAUGCAGGGAAUGGACUUGUCGGUCAAGAAGGGAGAUAUGGUCGCUGUGCUGAGUAAGAGCGACCCCAUGGGCAAUGCAUCAGAGUGGUGGAAGUGCAGAUCAAGAGACGGGCGUAUGGGUUAUCUCCCUGGUAUUUAUCUCGAGACUAUUCAGCGAAAGACACCUGCGCAGAUUACCAGUGGAAGUCAGAGCGGUAGUCCGGCUGGCAGCAGAACCCAGACGAUGACCAACAGCAGCGAUACAAGCAGGACUGCUACCAUGACUGCAGUCAAGGCACCUGAGAAGGUCGGUCCGAAGGUUGAGAGCAAGGCGGGUGAUAUGGGGGUUGAGAGUUUCCAGAAGGGCGCUUUCUACUCGUAG